AUGCCUCCCAAACAGAAGAAAGCAUCCCGCGAGAAAAAGCAAAACCAAAAGGAUCUCCAAAAGCAAACCUCUUCCGACGACUCUUCUCUAACAUCCCCCGUCAUUGCAACCACCAAUUACCGUGAAAUUCACCAACUCGAGGUCGAAGCCCUGCGCUCGAUCUACGGAGACGAUUACGAAGAUGUCGAGACGCGACGUUCCGCAUGGCAGCAAUCCUCCGACUUGACCUUUAAACUCAACCUACGUGCUUCUUCAAAUCCGGACGUUCGCCUCGUACUCCUUGUCGAAUUGCCCGCCACUUAUCCAAAGACCGUACCGAACCUUUCUUUAGAAAACCUCACCGACUUUCGCGAUGGUGCCCAAUCGCGAAUCCAGGAAAUCAUUCGCAGCAAACCAAAAACCCUUCUCGGCAGUGAGAUGAUAUACGAGCUGGCAGUCUCAAUACAAGACGUUUUGGAAGAUGUUGCCCAAGCACGUGAGCAGGACAAGGAUCUCCCCAGCCUGGAGGAGGAGCGCAUUGAACAGAAAGCCGCCGCCGUUCAGCGGGCCGAAUUGGAAAAGCAAGAGGAAUUGCGCAAACAAGAAGCUGCCUCUGCUGAGGAAGAGCGUGCUUUGCAGGAGAUGCUUCAAGAUAAAAUGCGACAACGGAAUAAGGCUCGGAUUAUGCGACGGAAGAGCCGAACUAGCGGCAUGGAUUCCAGCGAUGUUGGCGAUCUCGUGGAGUCUACCCCCGGCGCAAUCUCCUUUGACCCACCAUUGGCUGUUAAUGACACCGAUGAGCAGCUAUUGGUGUUCCGUGCCGUGCAUGGGAAGACAUUGGUACAAGAUGGCCAGGACAAGAAGACAUUUACCGUGCGACCUCUAGUCUCUGAAGGUCGAUGCCACGUCCCGCUCCUUGUACUGAAAGAGAUUUUCUUGGAGGAGAAAGCCUCGAACACCCUUGCAUUUCGAGAACAGAUGCGAACUAGUGAGGACAAGUUGGAGGCCUUGAAACGACUUCGACACCCUAACCUGAUCGAGUUUGUUGGUUUCAAGAUAAUUCGCCCCAUCACCCAGUUCAAUUCGUCAGACAACUCUUGGACGGUCUUUACUCUCUUGGAAUUUGCAAAUAAAGGCUCGCUCUUAGAGCUACUUGACAUUGUAGGCACCGUUGCUGCCGAAACUCUUCGAGGUUGGAUGAUUCAGCUUUUAGAGGCCCUGGAGUUUUACCACCGCAGUGGAUUUGUCCAUGGAAAUAUUCACUGUGGCCGUGUCAUGCUUUGCAGGACAGCCUCUGGAGGCACAAUUGUCAAACUGCAGUCCAGCGUGGAAGAGGCUCUACCAGACUCUCCCGGUGGACGACGUUCAUUGACCACGUCUAAGUCACCGCUCUGGCUGCCUCCAGAGUUGACCGAAGACACGCCACCGACCAUGAAGACUGAUGUCUGGGACCUUGGAAUUGUCCUUCUGCAGAUGGCCUUUGGCAAAGAUGUACUUUUGAGAUACACAUCGGCUAACCAACUGAUGAUAUCGUUGGGGCUGUCCCCACCGUUACAAGAUCUUUUGCGAGAGUUUUUCCGGCCGGACCCUAGGAAACGUCCAACGGCCUUUCAGCUUCAACCGUCGGAGUUUUUCCGAGUAGAUGCACCUUUGACUAUGCGGGACAGGUCUUCCAAUUCGGUUUCUCUGCAGAGGCGACCACGCUUAGACUCCUUUGGAGCCAUCCCUGUCUUCUCGCGUUAUCACCAAGACUUCGAUGAAGCUGGUCAUCUGGGACGAGGUGGAUUUGGUCAAGUUGUGAAGGCUCGAAAUAAACUUGAUGGCCGUUUCUACGCCGUGAAAAAGAUUUCGCAGACCUCGGCCAUGUCGUUGAAAGAUACACUUUCUGAAAUCAUGCUGCUAUCGCGUCUGAACCAUCCCUAUGUUGUCAGAUAUUACACUGCUUGGCUGGAGGAAGAUUUCAACCAUGUUGAGGAGGCUAUCUCCUCUACUGAAGGCGACCCAUAUGCUAGCCAGGAUCAUGGAGGAUUCAGUACCGGUGGUCUCGACUUUAUCAGCUCUAGUGGAUAUCCGAAGAUUGAGUUUGCAGCAUCGGACAGUGAUGAUGAUAAUGAGGGGACUCUAUCCGAUCGUGGAACAGGAGAGUAUAAUCGUACCUUCGAUGAAACGGGAAGUGCAGAAGACGCCGAGCCCAGUGGAACACGGUCCGGUUCCAACGGAAGACCUGUUUUGACUACUCUGUACAUUCAAAUGGAGUACUGUGAGAAACAUACACUGCGUGAUUUGAUCAGGAACGGCUUAUACGACGAUAUUGAUCGCUCUUGGCGCCUCUUCCGGCAGAUCUUGGACGGUCUGAGCCAUAUACAUAGCCAUGGAAUUAUCCAUCGCGAUCUCAAACCCGAUAACAUAUUCAUUGAUGUUGCCAAUAACCCCCGAAUUGGUGAUUUUGGUCUCGCUACAAGCGGCCAAUUUAUGACGGCGGUACGUUCGUCUGCGGCGGCAGAUUUCGAAGGAAAUUUUACGCGCAGCCUGGGCACAACAUACUAUGUUGCCCCAGAGAUGAAGUCCGGGUUCUCGGGACACUAUAAUGAGAAGGUUGAUAUGUUCUCGCUAGGUGUAUGGAGCGUGAUCAAACGCUGCGGGAGAUCCGAGAAACGAACCAUGUACUCCCGGUUACUUUCCAACAAUCGGAGAAGUGAGCGACCGACUGCGUCGGAGCUUCUGUCGAGUGGUAAGAUCCCCCUUCAAGUUGAAGAGGAGACCUUUAGAAGGGCCAUCUUCGAGGACAUUGCGUGGGAUAUGGACUCCCAUGGAGUGCCAGCCGCAAAUGAGCUUCUUGUGCAGGGGCUUGUCAAGAAGAAACUCACCUCUAUUUUCCGACGACACGGGCAGUGGAAUCAACGAGACAAAUGUUGUUUCCGCGUGCGUCUGCUGGAUUCGUCAGGAAAUCUUCUUCAACUGCCCUUCGACCUCACGGUACCAAAUGCACGAGCGAUUCCUCGCCAAGAUCCAUCUCUGGAGAAGACGUUUGCUUUUGGCACCGUUUACAGAGAAUCAACCCACGGCAGUGAGCCUCGCACGCACCGGGAAGUUGAUUUUGAUAUCGUGUCGUACAACACCUUAGAUCUAGCGCUCAAGGAGGCUGAAGUGAUCAAGGUCCUUGACGAGAUCAUUGAAGAAUUUCCGCCACUUCGGUCAGCGAAUAUGUGCUUCCUAGUCAAUCAUUCGGAUCUUCUUCAACUUAUCAUGGAGUUCUGUCGCAUGACGCCAUCUCAGAUUCCCCUCGCGAAGGAAGUCAUCAGCAAGUUGAAUGUCGGCAAAUGGACCAUGCAAAAGAUUCGAAGUGAGCUUCGGUCUCCAGCAAUCGGCGUUGCGUCGACCUCGUUAGAUGAUCUUGCUCGGUUUGAUUUCAGGGGCACUCCCAAAGAAACCUUGCGUAAGAUGCAAGUUAUCAUGGAAGGAACGGAAUUUGCCGAGCGACUUCCCCCUAUCUUCGCCCGGCUGAAUGUACUCAUGACAUACCUGCAAUGCUUUGGCGUACAGCGCAGAGUCUUUGUCAACCCGUUGAGCAGUUUGCACGACAAGUUUUACCGGGGGAGUAUUCUAUUCCAAUGCGUUUUCGACACCAAACGCCGUGAUGUAUUCGCUGCAGGUGGCCGCUAUGACCGAUUAAUUCAAGAUUUUGCACCUAAAUCUCUGUCAAAUCGUCCACAAUCUCACGCAGUGGGAUUCAAUCUCAGUUCUGAUAAGUUGGGCUCGUCUAUGAGGAGUAUCUCAAGUCAAAGGCCCCUCCAAAAGAUGCCGAAUCUGGCGCUGAACUGUAUUGGACAACUCGCAGGCUUUGACCCCACAGUCCUCCGGACGACAGCCGUAAAACUCAUCGAAGACCUCUGGGGAAAUGGUAUCAGCGCAGAACUUGCAGUCGAUUCCUCUUCCAUCGAAGAGUUGAUUGCUAAGUACAAAGACAACAACCACCGCUGGAUCGUGAUCGCGAAACAAGAUAGCAAAGAGCGUGGCUUCAAAGUGCGAAACCUCGUCCGCAAAGAAGAGUUUGACAUUCGCAACACCGAGCUUGUACCCUGGCUUCGAUCUGAGGUACAAGCACGACAUCAACGCGAAGGGAAUGCGGAUGCCCGCCAGGCUCGCCUACCAGGACAGCAGGAUCCAUUCCUGACCAACGAAAGAGAGAGGGCCAAUGAUGUGCGCAUUCUUGUCCCACAACAUCGAAGCAAAAAGACCAAUCGUCGAAAUAUUGUCGAGUCCGCUCUCUUCAGCGCACGCGAGAUCGCCGAAAACUCAGCGAACGCCCCAGUCGUUGCACUUGACACGCGCGACGAUGUCCUCGACUCCAUUCGCGACACUCGCCUUUCUGACCCUGACAGCUGGCGCACCGUCAUCCAAAACGCACCCCUGACAGAGCGGAAAUAUCUCGGUCAGGUGUACGAUUUGCUCGCCGAUUUGGCUUCUGAAAUUCGCGCGAGUGGUGGAGCGGACGGCUACACAAAUGCUUUCAUCUACAACUACCGCACCGGUUCGUGCGUGUACUAUGACCUCGGCCCUACUAGCGACAGGUAA